GUUUAUAGAUACAACAGUUUUCUAGACGAGUCAUGUGCAUGUUUUAACCAUUUUGCAAAUUGAAAAAACAUAAAUUUUAGAGAAAAUGUCACUACUUAAUACAAAUGUCAAUAGAAAAAACACUGUCUUUUUAUUUGAUAUGGAUGGAACAUUAACAAAGGCAACAUCUAAGUGUGAUAUAUCUGUUGCUAGAGUACUUGAAAAAUUAAAAAAGCAUGUAACCAUUGGGAUCGUGAGUGGUUCGUCUCUAGAUGCCAUAUCCUACCAAUUCCAACCAAGUGAUUCGUCAGUUACAGUUGAUGACAUUGCUGAUUAUAUUUUUUCACAAAAUGGUACUGUCGCAAGAUUUCAUGGUGCGUGUUUGGGUGAAGAUUUAAAUAUUCAAUCCCAUCUUGGAGAAUCUCAGCUUCAAGAACUACUUAAUUUUACUUUAAACUAUAUAGCCAAUCUUCGCAUUCCUAUUAAACGUGGAACUUUUAUUCAACUUCGAAGUGCUAUGAUCAAUAUAUCUCCUAUAGGUAGAGAUUGCUCAUUAAAAGAACGGGAACUUUUUUUUGAAUAUGAUAAAAAACAUCAUGUACGCCAAAGUUUAAUCCAGCAUCUCGAAAAAAAUUUUAGACACCUUAACCUACGUUACACUAUAGGCGGUCAGAUAUCUAUUGAUUGCUAUCCCAUAGGUUGGGAUAAAAGUUUUUGUUUACGUCAUUUAUCUGACUAUGAUUCCAUUUUUUUUUUUGGUGAUAAAACCUCUUCAGGUGGAAAUGAUUACGAAAUUUAUCAUCAUCCCAAUGUUAUUGGUCAAACUGUUCAAUCUCCUGAAGAUACUUUACAUCACGUUGAAAAAUUUUUAAAUUUAAUUGAAAAUUAACAUUCAACGGUUUUUGACUUUUUCAUCAAAUUGAAAUUUUUUUUUCAAUAUAUCUUUUUUUUAUAAUAAUAAAUAAUGUUUUUAUAACAGAUUUGUUUUUUUAAAUAAUGAAAAAUUUUUUUUUUAAUUAAUACUUACAGAUAAAACAAAUUUAACAUCGGUAUAAU